GGGACAGCGGGAGCGAAAAGACCAAAAAUUUUCCUAAGUCCCCAGCGCAUCCCUCAAACCCUAGCGAAAAGUCCCCACUGUCUUCUUCUCUCCGCCGCCGCCCCAUGUCUCUUCUCUCCAGCCACCGUGCUCUCUGUCGCCGCACUAUUCCCCUCCAGAUACAAGCUACGUCUCACCCAUGGCCUCCUCGACUGUGAGAACGACCACCCCGUCGCUUCAAGGCCUCGCGGCGGCGGGAUCCGCCCCACCCCUCUCUUCAUAUCCCAUUGAUUCCGCCCCCUGCCGCCGGAUGCGGCCUUCCCAUGCCUCAUUGCGGCCGGAUGCGGCCUUUCCCGGUGUCCCUGCCGCCGGAUCCGGCUGCACCCUACCGCUUGCUCAUGGAAGGCCGCGGGUUCUGCUGCGGCGCGAGGUCGCGGGCGCUGGAUCUUGCGGGGCUCGAGAUGUGCAGGCCGGCCAUCUCGUGGUUCUUCCGGAGCAGCGUCUCAAGAGCAUCAAAAAUUCUGAAUGCCCAACUGAGCUUGCGCCUGUUGAUGGGAGAUCUAAGCGCAGGAGCACGGUGGACCGCCGGGACGAUGAGGCAAGAUCAUAGCCAAGAAGAAAAAUCAUGUGUCCUCAGGGGCUCUCCAUGCACCAGUUUCGAGAGGACCUCGACGAAGUGCUCCAGUCCCACACUGUCUAUUCUAAUGUCUUCAGGGGCGUCCGACAAACUCACCAAAGUACGCGUCAAGAUAUUGGAGAAAGGUGAGUUCCAAGUUUCUGGCAAGGAGAGGGAGCAGCAAGCUGCAGUCAGGGAUCGGAGGAGUACGCCAGGACGGCCUUCGAAACAGAGGAGGAGAAGCAUAGCAAGGAAAGAACCAUGCAAGACAACAGGGAACGUGAGAGUAGGAGAUCACCGUCCUCUAUUAGAGUGGGUAUCCUCAAACAAGCUAGGUAAAGUCAUAUUGGAGGGCACACGUAAUCAAUUCUCUAUAGGUUCAGUUCUCGUAUUCAGAUUUUGGUAUCCUUACAACAACUUCUGUAUGUGCGUAUACGAAUCAGGUUCAGAGCCUGAUGUUUGAUAGCUAGGACACGUUUUUGGUAAAGGUUCAGAUUCCAGU